AUGGCACCGCUGCCACGGGAAAGAGUUAAUAUCGAGCGUCCAUUUGCUAGAACCGGAGUUGACUUUUGUGGACCAAUCAUGAUUAGAAGUGGCAUACGCAGAGUGGUCAGCAUUAAAUGCUAUGUUGCAGUAUUCGUCUGUCUCGUGACUCGUGCUAUACACUUAGAACUGGUCAGCGGACUUACCACAGAAGCCUUUUUAGCCUCCCUCAUACGAUUCAUCUCUCGUCGGGGCCCUUGUAGCCACAUCUACAGUGACAACGGCACAAACUUCGUGGGAGCCAACAAGGCCCUGCAUUCAUAUUUUUCACCUGAAAGGGGACAACGCACAGUUGAAGACUCUCUCACAGAUCUCAAGAUUCAAUGGCACUUCAUACCACCCGCCGCACCCCACUUCGGUGGUCUCUGGGAGGCGGCUGUGAAAUCUGCCAAAAGACAUUUACUGAAGGUAACUGCAAUGGGCCUUCUCACAUAUGAAGAAAUGAAUACUUUGCUUUGCCGAGUAGAAGCUGUAUUGAACUCUCGUCCAAUAUCUCCAAUGUCUCAUGAUAUCCGAUCUCAAUGCAUUGACACCGGGCCAUUUUUUAGUUGGAGGAAGUUUAACACUACCCGCUGA